GCAGCCCAGGCUCCGCUCGCCGCCGCAGCGCCCCGCCCCCACGCUCCGGACCUGGGCAGGCGGCGGCCGCUUGGCUGCUCCCGGGGCCACAUGGCUGAGGGGGACGCAGGGAGCGACCAGAGGCAGAAUGAGGAGAUUGAAGCAAUGGCAGCUAUCUAUGGCGAGGAAUGGUGUGUCAUUGAUGACUGUGCCAAAAUAUUUUGUAUUAGAAUUAGCGACGAUAUAGAUGACCCCAAGUGGACACUUUGCUUGCAGGUGAUGCUGCCGAAUGAGUACCCAGGAACAGCUCCACCUGUUUAUCAACUGAAUGCUCCUUGGCUUAAAGGGCAAGAACGUGCAGAUUUAUCGAAUAGCCUUGAGGAAAUAUAUAUACAGAAUAUUGGUGAAAGCAUUCUUUACCUGUGGGUGGAGAAAAUAAGAGAUGUUCUAAUACAAAAAUCUCAGAUGACAGAACCAGGCCCUGAUGUAAAGAAGAAAACUGAAGAGGAAGAUGUAGAAUGUGAAGAUGAUCUCAUUUUAGCAUGUCAGCCAGAAACUCCUGCUAAAGCAUUGGAUUUUGAUAUCAGUGAAAAUCGAACAGAAAUAGAAGAAUUACCUCCGAUUGAUCAUGGCAUUCCUAUUACAGACCGAAGAAGUACUUUUCAGGCGCACUUGGCUCCAGUAGUUUGUCCCAAACAGGUGAAAAUGGUUCUUGCCAAAUUGUAUGAGAAUAAGAAAAUAGCUAGUGCCACCCACAACAUCUAUGCGUACCGAAUAUAUUGUGAGGAUAAACAGACCUUCUUACAGGACUGUGAAGAUGAUGGGGAGACAGCAGCUGGUGGGCGUCUUCUGCAUCUCAUGGAGAUUUUGAAUGUGAGAAAUGUCAUGGUGGUAGUAUCACGCUGGUAUGGAGGAAUCCUGCUAGGACCAGAUCGCUUUAAACAUAUCAACAACUGUGCCAGAAACAUACUAGUGGAGAGGAACUACACAAAUUCACCGGAGGAAUCAUCUAAGGCUUUGGGAAAGAACAAAAAAGUAAGAAAAGACAAGAAGAGGAGUGAACAUUAAUACGUAAAAUUAUACGACAGGUUAAUAUGCCUAUCACUGUUCACAAAUUCCACAGUCACCAGGGAAUAUUGUGCAGAGAGGAUCCUGGACUGCUCAAGUUGGCCAAACCAUUGUGGACACCAGCGCUAUCUUUUCUUCUUUGGUUAUAUCAUCUGCCAAAAAUAGAGAACUUGUGAUAUAUUUAUGUGUAUUUCAGGCUGAUUCAGAAGAAUUAAUAUGAACUUAAUUGCCACUUCAUCUAAUUGAGGAAGGUAACAGUUGCCCAGGGCAGUACCUGAAUUAACUGUCCAUUUCUGUACUUGUCAAGUGCCUUUGUUAGGUGGGGAAGAAAUGUCUCGAGAGGAGUAUAAAUACCUGGUAUCUUGUUGUCGGGAUUCUCAUUAUGUUAAAUGAAUAUUGCCUUUGACUGCUCUUUAUGGCUUAUUGGAAUAGGAGCUCAUGGCAUAUUGAUCUUGAAGAGUUUCUUCUUGUGAUUUUGGUCACAGUAAGUCACCUUUCAUUUUAUAGUGUUCAUCAUUGAGUAAUGAUUAAGCAAAAAUCCAGGAGUAUCCAUCUGUAGUUAUGUGCUGAAGUGAUAAUUCAUCUGCCAGAUUUGUUUGCAUAAGUGUUAUGCUUCCGUUUCUGUUGCAUAUUGGUGAUUGUGAAAUUUCAAAAUGUGACUUUUCUAACCUCUACUUUUUUUGUUUAAUUCUUGUAAUGUAAAGCAGUAGAUAGGGAGUGUCAGUAGUUUUCUCCUGUCCCUGAAAUGUAUUAGUGUAAUAUUCUGUUUCUGUUUUUUUUUAAUAUCCUGGAAGUACCUUUCUCGUGAUCUUCAUUAAGGAAUUAGGAUGACGCUACAAGCUCUGCCGCAGUUAAUGGGGCAUUUAUAAAGGGGGAUAGAGGUGGGGAAAGCCACACUGGUGUGGGUAACACAUCGUCCGGUGGUUAUGUAAGUGUGACGCAUGAUUUCUUCUACAUUCCAGCCAUUUUUCUCAACUCCGUGACUUUGCGGAGAAAAGGAACAAAUGUUUUGACUGGAAAAACAAAGAAAAUCCCUCUUUUUUUCCGUUAUUACCAGAUCUCCCUUUAUAUCAGUGUUUUAUGUUCCUCCUUUCAUCUGUAAGUUAUGCCCUUUACCUCUGCGCAUCUAGACAAUACAGUUAUCUUUGAGAUAUAGCAGUAAGCUAUAUCUGCAAACAGUUAUUGAAAGUUAUUAACUGAUUGCAGAUUUGUCUGGGAUUCUCUUCCAAGGUCAGGGAACGGAAGUUCGGAGGCAACUUGGAAUGGUGCUUGCAUCAUGGAGAGCAUCACAGAAGAGUGGACACAGAUAUUCUUUUUCUGUUUCCUUGCUGUCUUGCCUUUGAAAGACCCAACAUCCUUAUUUGGUAUUUUUAAUAAAAAUCUAGUAAAUUGCUUUACACUAGGAUGGAUUCUGAGAAAUAAAAUCCAAAUCAUAUUUGUUGUAAAUAUGUCUAAUGUUGCCAGUGAUUAGUAGUUAUCAGAGGAUGUCCUAGAUAUAUUUAGAACACUUACCUCAGAUUCCGCAAAAAGUUAAGUAGCUCCUGUUAAGAAGUUGAAAUCCAUUAAUUAACAUUAACUUCACAAUUUUGGCAUGUCUGAUCUGUGAAAGAAGAUAUGAAACAGGAAUUUGGUGCUGCUGAAAAAUUGAGUUAAUUUUUCUAUAACACCAAAUUUGAAUUUCUUUCUUGCUGUUUCAUCUCACAGUUAUUUAGGUCUUUAGAUAGAAGACCUUUUAUCUGUGAUUUCAUUUGCCCUUAUUUAAAAAAAAGGCUUAUUUUCGCUUCUUUCUACAGAAUUAUUAGUCACAUUUUCCUGUUUAAAAAACCUAAUAUCCUUUGCCCAAAGGCAGUUAGCUAGUACGGAGAGAUCCCAAAGUCUCCAAUUCUGAAAUCUGAGUUACUUAUAUUUGUAUUCAACCAUUAUGGACCCCCAACUAAUGAUAGCAUCUUUUCUCUAAAAUUUCUCUCUAUUAGAGGAUUUUCAGAUUCUCCAAACAAUAAUUUUCUAUAGCUAGAUCUAUGCUACGGCAUAUUUUAUAGUAUAUUGUAUUAGUUAAAAAUAUUCUCCAUAUGCCAGUAUGGAAGAGCAAGUAGCAUCUACUUUUUAAAUGGGAAAAGCAGUAUGAUUUGGAGGUAUGUAUCAUGAAACAGGAUCUAUUUGAAAAGAAUUAUAUCAAGCUAAUCACACCCAAGAAAGACUAGCAUGAAGCAGAUACUGUUUGGAGGGCAGGUGAAAUUUACUGGAAAAAUUGUACAAUCACUUCUAAUUCUACUCUCUAGAGAUAACCAUUAUUAACAUUUGCUAUGUACAUCCUUCUAUUUUUUUCCUAUGCAUGAUUUUGUAUAUAUGGCUAUUUUUCUUUCCAUAAAAUGGUAUUAAACUGUAUAUACUGUUUUGUAUCCUGCAUAUUUCAUAUAGAAGUAUAUUGUUAACAUUUUCCCAUGUCAAUAAAUAUUCUUCUAUGGCUUA